AUAAUAUUUUACNUAUUUAAUUAACGAAUUUUAAAAUGGGGAUGCCAAAAGUCUGAAUAGACUUGCAUCAAAACUGUUUUCUUUUUCCCACAAAGCAAAGCAAAUCUCUGUUUUCCCAAAUUGUUCGAAAUUAGUGCGCCAUAAAAAGCACCGGAAUUCCGAUCAUCCACUAUGCCCUGAAUCACUUUCCGAUGUCUCGCCGCAAUCACACUACGCAGCUCGGUUGCAUAGCUGGCCAAGAUUUAUCCGAUUUCGGUGCCGGAAAAGAAGGUUGGCUGGUGAAUAACCCUAACCUCCUCGUCUCCCUCGAUACCCACUCGCUUGCGCUUGCCAACCGGUCCUUGAUCCUCGUCCUCAACUGGUCCCAGCCGAUCAACGGGCGUCCCGAUCCGGAAAAGCACCGAGCCGUCAAGAUCCGACCCGAUCUCUCCCCCAUUGAAGGCGAGUAUAUCUCCGCCGUCGAGUGGCUCGUCUUCGAUGAUGACAUCAGAGUCCUUGCCGCCGGCACCUCUUGCGGCUAUCUUAUGAUCUUUUCCAGCCAUGGCCGUCUCAUUCACAGACAGAUUGUAAACCCUGGAAAGAUACUUAAGUUAAGGGUGCGUGGGGUCAAACAAGAUCUGACGCAGGAUACCUCUUCAGAGGAGGUUUGCGUUGUAAUGCCUGGUGUAGUUGCCCGUUUCGAUGGAUCUGAUGUUAAGAAUCUGCUGCAACGGUGGUUUCAAGAAACAAAUUCUCAGGUUUGGGAUCAGGAUUUUGAUGAUAGUUUCCCGGAUGACAAUGGAAAUUCUUCUGCAAGCCUCCCUUACCAGCUAUGGAAUGUUAGCAAGUACGGUCUCUGUGCUGAUGCUGCUAUAACAGGCGUUAUGCCCCCGCCUUUAAUGGAGAUUCAGUCAAGCCAGCGUUACUAUUGUGCAGUUACUAUUGGAGAUGAUGCCGUGAUAUCAGCAUUUAGACUUUCGGUUGAUAAAAGCAGAUCUUUAGUGGGGGCUAUCUUGUCAAAAGUUGUUCCUGCAACCGUUUCUACUAUAGCAUCGUUUUCGAAAUUGAUUUGGCGGAGUGAACAAAAGCCCAAAAGGAAGCCAGAGGCUAAAACACAACCAUUUGCUCGUGCCUCUCCUCUGACUUGUUUGCAGGAUUGUCCAAGGAAGGGCGAGAAGCUUACGCUGUCACCAAGUGGUACUUUGGCUGCAAUAACUGAUUCACUUGGUCGUAUUUUGCUCUUAGACACACAGGCACUAGUUGUUGUGCGUCUAUGGAAGGGAUAUCGUGAGGCGAGCUGCUUAUUCGUGGAGAUGCUUGCUGGUAAAGAUAAAGCAGCUUCUUCUCCUCUUCAUAGCGAACUUUCCAAAAGUGAUUAUUGUCUCUGUCUAGCCAUCCAUGCGCCUCGAAAAGGAAUUGUUGAGGUCUGGCAGAUGAGGACAGGACCUCGACUUCUUACAAUUCCAUGUCCCAAGGGCAGCAAAAUAUUACAACCAACUUACAGAUUUACCUCUGCAAAGCCAUCUUCUUCAUCAUCUUAUGCACCCUUGGAAGUUUUCUUUCUAAACGGAGAUUCUGCCGGCACAAAUUUGUACCUAUUGCACAGUUACAGCACCGUUGGCGUGGGCUGGAAAUCGUCGAGCUUCUUUGCGCCUCUGAAUUUCGUGCCAGUUAGCAGUACCAAUGGAGCUCUUAUGUCUCACAGGCGUAGAAGCAAAUUUACUUCGCCUCGCGCUCUUGCAUCUUCAUCUGAUCCUCUUUUGGUCAAAGCUGCGAGAGGGGAAUCAGUUAACCGGCCUCCUGCAUGGAUGAUGCGCCAGGCUGGAAGGUACAUGGCCGUUUAUCGAAAGCUUGCAGAGAAAUACCCGUCCUUCAGGGAGAGGUCAGAGACAACUGAUCUCAUCGUGCAAAUUUCUUUGCAGCCUUGGGAAGCUUUUCGGCCAGAUGGAGUUAUUAUUUUCUCAGACAUACUUACUCCAUUACCCGCAUUCGGUGUUCCCUUUGACAUAGAGGAGGUUCGAGGUCCUGUUAUACAGUCCCCCAUUCGUUCUGAGGAGGACUUGAAAACGUUGCACCCGAUUGAUUUGGAUAAACUGCAGUUUGUUGGGGAGUCUCUUAGGAUAUUGCGAAAAGAGGUAGGAGAACAAGCUGCAGUUUUGGGUUUUGUUGGAGCUCCCUGGACAAUCGCUACAUAUAUAGUCGAAGGGGGCACGACUCGAACAUACACGACAAUAAAGAGCAUGUGUCAUACAACACCCGAUUUGCUAAAGGUUCUUCUGUCUCAUCUGACAAAGGUAAUAGCUGAAUAUGUCGUUUACCAAGUAGAGUCUGGGGCUCACUGUAUACAAAUAUUCGAUUCGUGGGGUGGCCAAUUGCCACCUGACAUGUGGGACCAGUGGUCUAAGCCUUAUAUCAAUGAGAUCGUAAGAAUAGUUAAGCAGAAAUGCCCUCAAACGCCACUUGUGCUAUACAUCAAUGGAAAUGGUGGGCUUCUUGAACGGAUGAAAGGAACGGGAGUUGAUGUCAUCGGGCUCGACUGGACAGUGGAUAUGGCUGAUGGAAGGGCACGUCUAGGGAAAGAUAUCAGCAUACAAGGAAAUGUGGAUCCCGCCUAUCUAUUCUCUCCUCUUCCGGCCAUAACAAAUGAAAUUAAAAGGGUUGUAAAUUGUGCGGGAACAAAGGGCCACAUCUUAAACCUGGGCCAUGGAGUUCUUGUCAGUACUCCUGAAGAAGCUGUGGCCCAUUUCUUUGAUGUCGCCAAAAGCUUCAACUUUGAUUCUCAAACCGACAGUUAUGCAGUUGGAACACCCAAUUUAGUAGCUUGAUAGUCCGAAUGUUGUACAAAAUUCGCUGUUUGUUGCAAGUAAUGAGGUAACUUAAUUAUCUGAUUCUUUUUGCAGCUUAGUGUUGACUGAUAUUUGUCGAUGUAUUGAGAAUGCACACUGUCUUUUCCGUAUUCAAUUGUUGUAUAAAAAUCGUGUUGUUGU